ACAUGCGAAAGCGGAAGCUAGGUAUCAUUUUCGGAAUUGCAACUGUAGCAAACAUAUCCCGCCGACAAAAACAUUGUUUUCGUAAUCGUUGUCAGAUGAGUAAUACAAUAAUAUAUUGAUUCUACCGUAGUUUGAAAGCUGCACGUCUCAUCGAUCCAAAUUUGUAUAAUGGUUUAGUCCAGCUCUACCGCAUAGCCUAAAAUAACAUGCUUAACUCAAAACUAUAGAGUGCGAUAUCUGUGAAAAAAUGAACGCGAGUAAAGGCAAAGACAGCGGCGAAGUGGUGAAGAAUUACCAUAAGCAAGCGUUCGAGUAUAUCUCUAAAGCACUGAAGAUUGACGAAGACGAUGCAGGGGAGAAGGAGGAGGCUCUGCAGUGGUACAAAAGAGGGAUUGUUGAGCUUGAAAGCGGCAUCGCAGUGACGAUCACAGGACAAGGAGACCAGUAUGAGCGAGCCAAGAGACUCCAGGAUAAAAUGAUCACCAACCUCACCAUGGCUAAAGACAGACUUGCCAUUUUAGAGGCAACAUUGGCUUCAAAAAGCAGGCUUCAACCCCAGAAUGCUUCAAAUAAUGCUCAAAAACAAACAAAAUCCUUUCCUAAAAGUCUGCCUCCAGUCCGAGGAGUAGCCAAAAACAACAGGCCCUCCACAGCAGGAAAACCACCUUGUCGAACCUCCGAUUUCAAGGUCACUCCCCAAGCGGGUAGACCUUCCAAACAGCCCCAGAAGAGGGAGUUGAAAAAUUUCAAGAACGUGGACAGCAAACUGGCAAACAUGAUUCUGAAUGAAAUUGUAGACACCGGAGUGUCUGUAACAUUUAAUGAUAUCGCGGGGCAGGACCUGGCUAAACAAGCACUACAGGAGAUUGUCAUUCUUCCUGCCUUAAGACCGGAGCUUUUCACUGGUUUGAGAGCUCCAGCACGAGGUUUGCUCUUAUUUGGCCCACCUGGAAACGGGAAAACCAUGCUGGCCAAAGCGGUUGCGGCAGAGUCUAACAGCACCUUCUUCAACAUGAGCGCAGCCAGUUUGACGUCUAAAUUUGUGGGAGAGAGCGAGAAGCUAGUCCGAGCAUUGUUUGCAGCUGCCAGGGAAUUGCAGCCAUCUGUCAUCUUUAUAGAUGAAGUCGACAGCUUGCUUUGUGAAAGGCGAGAGGGGGAACAGGAGUUCUCACGUCGAUUAAAAACAGAGUUCCUCAUUGAAUUUGAUGGGGUACAGUCUGGAGGAGAUGACAGGGUACUUGUUAUGGGAGCUACCAACAGACCUCAGGAGCUAGAUGAAGCAGUUUUAAGGCGCUUUGCAAAAAGAGUCUAUGUGUCAUUGCCUGAUGAGAAGACAAGGGCAACACUUCUGCAACAUCUUUUAGCAAAGCAAGGAAGUCCGCUGAGCAAAAAUGAAUUGAGCCUUCUUGCAAAAGCAACUGCAGGAUAUUCUGGAAGUGACCUGACAUCCUUAGCUAAAGAUGCUGCACUUGGGCCAAUCAGGGAAUUAGGACCAGAUCAAGUUCGGCACAUGUCGGCUAGUCAGAUGCGAAACAUCAAGAUGAAGGACUUUGAGGAUUCCCUGAAGCGCAUUAAGCCCAGCGUCAGCCCAGCAACUCUCAAUAUGUACAACCAAUGGAACAACGACUUUGGUGACACAACUGCAUUUUGAAUUUAGUUCAUUUAAAUUAAAAAAAAGAAAAAAAUCACAACACAAUACUAACAACUGGGAUUUUUUUUUAGCAAAUCUUUUCUGUAUUAACUGACUGGAAGUAUUGUUUGAAUUUCCUACUUUACUGGGAAAAUUUGUCGAUGCAAAUUUCUAUAAUUGUCAAUAUUUGAUUACAGCACUCCUCCUGUAUAUUACUCAUAUAUAUUUUUCAGCCUUACCUCAAAAUGUCCUUUUACUUCUUGCCACGAGAGGGCAGCACACUGGCGUAAUGCCUCGAGUAGCUUAGUGUUUCACUUCCAUAAGCCACUGCUCAACAAAAAGCAAUGUAAUGUUUGAUUUUAUUAUCAUUUUUAGAAUCAAGUACGACACCUUUCAGAGUAACUUUUUUUUUUUUAAAUCAUGUUUCCUUUGACCAGAUAUGUGUACAAUUGUGGAUCAAGAAGAUAGAUUUUAGCAUUGAAAUUUCAAUUAUUCCAUUUCUGAGUCGGUGACAUAAAUAGAGCUGCUCUACAACUCUGAAGUGUUGCUGCAUCUGGAAUCAACCCAUUUUACAAGCAGCCGCAGAUGAGAGGAAUGCUGUAAAACUGAAAUAAAUAUAUUCUUCUGCAUUGUUGCCCAUCAUAUUGAUGAAUUACUGUAAGUGUCAACUUUGUGUCUUGGGUGUUCACGCACAUAUGUAUUUGUAAAGUUAUGCACCUCUGGGCAAAACCUGAGGACCAGAUAAAAUGCUAACAACAAAUUUGGAAAUGAAGGUGCUUGUUUGCUG